AUGGCAAAGACCAAAAGACAUACACACAAGCAAAAGAGGACCAAUAUCACAGAACAUGCUGACUUUGAGGAUGGAUUUUCGAUUGAGGAUUGGCUUGAUCUUACCCCGGGGGACCAGGAAAACGACCUCAUUGCAACAUCGCCGGCAUCAUUGGAUCCCACAACCCUGCCCGAGCUCACAAAGCAGGACAAAGAAUAUCUAAGCAAAUGUGGGACUGCUGCAUUUGUUGGUCUGCCGAAGCAUGUCAAGGAUGACCGGGCGAUGGAACAGUUUCGACUUCGUCUCACUCUUCACUUUUUGUAUUUAAGGGGCCUCAGCAAAAUCAUUCCAUCGUCGAGCUCAUUCUUAGCGGCAGUCUUCGGCACUGUACAGGAUCGGGAUGCAGCACUGAUAGAAAUUAGGAAGAUACGGUUUUCUCACCGCCGCCUGGAUGUGGACGUGAUCGCGCAGCCUUUUGGAGACGUCAAAACUCGGACCUGGACCAUCGCAGGGGGUCCAAUGGACACACCCCGAGAUGUUGCGAUAGCGCUGAUACGGGAAUUUCAACAUUCAAACUUUGCCUCAAUGUUCCAAGUCGCUGAAGUUGUCACUCAUGGUUACCGUGACGGCAAUUUCGCAGUUAGAUUUGAUGACCCUCCGCCUUUCCUAGGCAAAUGGAUCACCAUCAACAACCAAAAGAGGUUGGUGAAACCCCAGCCAGCCCAAAUUUGUUCUUUUUGCAUGGGGCAGGGGCACGAUCUGUGGGACUGCGAUCAGUGGGACGAACAAGAGUUACAACAUGCGGAAGGAAAAUGGAUCAUCGUUCCGCCCCAGGACGACGUGAAGAGCGACGAAAACGAGUUUGAUGAUGUUUCCACCAGCGAGAGCGAGAUCAAAACUCGGACCGGAGAUAAGAGGAGACGUUCUGUUCCUGGAUACAAAAGAUCGAAGACCUCCAAGGAUCGCCAGAGAGAUAAGGACUGA